GUAUCCAAGGCAUAGUCCAAGCCUAUCAAUCCUGUCUACCUAAUAUCACGCUGUAUGGUCCGACCAAUGUCUCGCCCGUAGUUAAUCAUGUGUCCUCGUUUGCUAGACAAGCUGUAUGUGCUGAAGUACGUCCUAUUUCUGAACAGGUCAUUCUGAGUUUGCGAUAUUUUCACAAUGUUUAGUAGCGUCAAUAUCACAUAGUGGGGCAGUGGUUGGUGCCUUUUGCCUCUAUGACUUAGGUUCGAUUAUUGCAGUAUGCAGUGGUUUGACUAUAAUCUGGUCUCAGUCGCAUGUGAGAUGAAUGCUCUCAGUUUGACAGCAUCAAACACCACAUGUUUUCUCCGUGUACUUCGGUAGCAACCCGUGAUCGAUAGAGAACAUCCUCGUACCGAGGGCACAGGGUACUUACAUACAGAGGUCUCACUUCAGGUUAAUUUAGCGUAAUGGAUUUUUUCAGUCCUCCAUGCGAUUCUUAGCAAGUGCCCUAAAGAAAGGCCGUCACCCCCCAUAUUGAAAUUUAAUGUUCCAGGAGGGUGAAUGCCUCCCUUUCGAGCACUUGCUAAGAACAUGGCCUACAGCUAUUUUGGUAAAAACUACCUUACGGUUUUCCCGCAGAAGUGAGACCUCUGUAUGUAAGUACUCUGUGCCCAGUGUCUUGGCACCAGAGUGUGAGAGAAAAUAGCCUGGGCUGGAUAAAGGAUAGCCCUGAGUGCAUGGUUUAGGAACUACUGUUUGGCAACACAGGACCAAGAACAACUGGACCUUUACGGUGAACAGUUCCGAACUGAUGAGGCUAUCCAGUACACCUAGACCAAUAGAGGAUGAGCCUUGUUGGACCAGCUAUCCAGUGUUACAGAAAUUGGAACUAAACAACAACAAUUGUGUUAUAGAGCUACCAUAUACUCCUCAUUCUAACUGAUGGUGUGAUAUCAGACAUGGACCAGACCAAAGCAGCCAUUGUUGAAGCAUCAGCACUACCAAUGUCAAUCAUUAUAGUGGGUGUUGGUGCUGCUGAUUUUGAUAUGAUGGAGGAACUCGACUCCGACGACAAACUGUAUGUAACUUAUUUACUCAACGCCUUAUAGACCUCGUCAGCUUCAUAAGAAAGUUUCAACCGUGGGAUUCAGCAUCGGCUGCGGUGUAUCCAAAUACUGUGGCUAUGAAGGUUUCCGGCAUACUUCAUAGCCACGGUUUUAUAGCAUUUGAUUAGUGAGACACGUUUGGGAGUAAGGCUGCUGUAGUUUCGUGAAUGAUACCUUGCAGUUGUGUAUAUAGUACACUGGUUUAUGGAAUACAUCCGUGAAUAUACAGUAUAGCAGUUUUCCAUACACUUUGUUACUGUGACUUUCAAAAACUCAAUAAUUCAGGAGGAAAACACAAAGAAAAAUCAUAAGCUUGUCGUGGUUUUAUAUGUGAUAAAAAAUCAUGUUAAUUUACAUAAACUUUAGCUUUGAUUUUUUCAGUUUAGACAAAGUUUAUUUUAAAAAUUACUUCGCCAAUGAACUCGUAUAAGAUGAGUCGUUUUUGAAGCCAUUUAAAGCACUUGUAGUCGUGUUUUAUCACAUAUAAAACACUCCGCUACGCGUCGUGUUUUAUAUGUGAUAAAACACUCCUACGCGUGCUUUAAAUAGUACAUAAAGUAUGGUUGAUAGGUUUUUUAUUAGAGAGGCAUAUUUGGGAUACUGCAGACGUGUCGGAGGGCACCUUAGAUUUCCUCCUUUCUUCGAUUAUUCUUAGAUUCGUGCAUUCUUUUAGAUUAACGUCGACAAGUGGCAAGACAGCUCAAAGAGAUAUUGUACAAUUUGUUCCAUUUAGAAAUUUUCAACACGUGAGUACGGGUCCAGUCCUCUGUGAGACGAACACUAAGCCUUACUAUAAUACUAUGUGUUGUGCAUGUAAUAAUGUAAUAUGUAUAUAGCUCAGUGGAGAAGAGUGGUUCAAGUUUGACUGCAACAAACACUGCACGUUUUCGUCAAGUUCUCGGGUCUCCCCCUGUUGUAACACUUGAGCAAAAACGGAUGAUUCUUACUGGACCUCAAGGGAGAAUAGUUUAAGAAUUGGAAAUGGGGAAAGGAGGUGAAAUUAUAAUAAGAACUGCAUAGUCUCACAUACCGUACCGUUGUACCACCCAGCCUAGACCUAGGCCAAUCUCGUACCCAGAGUAUGCCCGUUUGCAGGUUGGGUGAACGGGCAUACUCUGGGUACGAGAUUGAGACCUAGACCUUCUAUUUGUCAGCGCUUUUUCACAUGAGAAGACUGGGACCCAGGCACUUUUGCUUGCUUUCAUUUCGCAUGUGACAUCAUAGCCCAAAAUUGACCAAACCUGCCAAAGCCAGCCGAGUAAAGGCCUAGGUCUAGACUGUGUAGCACCAACAUUCUUGAAACCUUGUGGGUAUGCAGAUUCUCACAAGUUUUUUUGUCCCAUCUAGUCCUCGCCAGCUGCAUUAGCAAAGUGUGUUUUGGCGGAAAUUCCCGAGCAAGUCACUGGGUACUACGGAUCAAGAAAGAUAUCUCCAGUACAGAGGUGA